UUUCCUCCGGAAACGGAAGUUGGCUCUGUUAGCCACGCCUCUUCUUGUGUCCUUUUGCAUGUCUUUCCAGGUUUCUCAAACAGAAGGCGGUAAAGAGAGAAUGGAAGGGAGUGUUUCCUCUCCUUAAGGCGGGCUGAGGAGAAGCGGGACUCUUUUUCCUUCCUUCAUAAUUCUCGAAUAUGUCUCAGGAAAGCGAGCAUGGGAAGUGGGCCGUCUCCAGCAGCGAGGAGGAAGAUGGCGACAAGCCCUCCACUUCUUUGCCCCAGCAAACUGGCCGAGGCAAGGAAAGUGAGCCCUCUUUCCCUUGCUCAGAGGCCAGGAAAGCCGCGCUCAAGAGAAAGGCCUCCCCUUUGAAGCACCAAGAUGGGGGCUUUCCUCAGGCCCCAAAGCAGAAGUCUCCUCCAGAAGAACAGGGUUGGUGCCUUUCCAGCAGCGAGGACGAGGAGGACACUAAAGGCCAGAAGGGGAAAGGAGACGCGGGAGCCGGAGCCAGGCCCAAAGAACACCGUCCUGCUCUGAAGGAACAAGGAGAAGGGACUCACAAGCCUCUCCAGAGCCAGGAGUCUUCACAAGCUCCUCAAAAAGUGCAGGACACUUGGGAUCUCUUGGAUGGGGAAAACCCUUUCAGGUUCUUCCUCACGAAAGUGAAAGGGAUUGACGCCAAAUACAAUUUGGGAGCCCUCCACAUAAAAGAUAUUUUGUCUCCCCUCUUUGGAACUCUGGUAUCUUCUGCUCAGUUUAAUUACUGCAUAGAUUUGGGAUGGCUUGUCAAACAAUAUCCAAAGGAAUUCAGGGAAAAACCUUUAUUAGUUGUUCAUGGAGAGAAAGGAGAAUCCAAAGCAGAACUACAAGAAGAAAAAGGCAUUUAUGACAAUGUCCGCUUGUGCCAGGCAAAACUGGACAUUGCGUUUGGAACCCAUCACACGAAAAUGAUGAUAUUGCAAUAUGAAGAAGGUCUUCGAGUGGUGAUUCAUACCGCAAAUCUUAUUGCUGAGGACUGGUAUCAGAAAACACAAGGGGUAUGGCUAAGUCCUCUGUAUCCAAGACUCCCAGCUGGAGCAUCUGCAUCUGAUGGUGAAUCCCAUACAAUGUUCAAGUCUGACCUAAUAAGCUAUUUGAUGUCUUACAAGUCUCCUGCUCUUGGUAAAUGGGCUGAAACAGUUAAACAAUAUGAUUUCUCAGAGACAAGGGUAUAUCUUAUUGGCUCAACUCCAGGUCGAUACCAAAACAAUGACAAAGAGAAAUGGGGUCAUCUUAGACUUAGAAAGCUGUUGAAAGACCAUGCGAUGCAAAUACCUGAUCAGGAUUCAUGGCCUGUAAUAGGACAAUUCUCUAGUAUUGGAUCAUUGGGAGCCGAUCAGUCCAAAUGGUUGUGUUCAGAAUUCAGAGACAGUUUUACUUCACUUGGAAAUGGCAAGAAGGCUCCAACUAAUCGUGACAUCCCCAUUCACUUGGUUUAUCCAACUGUGGAGAAUGUGAGACGGAGUUUAGAAGGUUAUCCAGCUGGAGGCUCCCUUCCUUACAGUAUAGAAACAGCAAAGAAACAGCUUUGGCUGCAUGCUUAUUUUCACAAAUGGUCGGCUGAAACGUCAGGACGUAGCCGUGCAAUGCCACACAUUAAGACUUAUAUGAGAGCAUCUCCAGACUUCCAGAAGAUUGCAUGGUUUCUAGUUACAAGUGCCAAUCUUUCCAAGGCUGCUUGGGGAGGUUUUGAAAAAAAUGGCACCCAGCUAAUGAUCCGGUCCUAUGAGCUGGGAGUUCUCUUCCUGCCAUCGGAAUUUGGCUUGAAUUCGGGGUACUUCCAAGUGAAGGAAAGUAUGUUUUCUGAUGAGCCAGCUUCAUCAUUUCCUGUACCAUAUGAUCUGCCCCCAGAGAAAUAUGAGGGCAAAGAUCGGCCAUGGAUUUGGAAUAUUCCCUACACAAGAGCUCCUGAUACUAAUGGGAACAUGUGGGUUCCUGGGUGAACUUCAUUCUGAAACAUCAAGCAGAAGUGAACAGUGUUCAUCCAUGAGCAAAUUAAUAAAUUUAUUAAUAUUGUCUUCUGCACACAAUCUACAAUAUCUACAAUAUUAAUUUCUAUAUUGACAUUUUGGAGAAGUUUAGUAUUUCUAAAUCUCAUGACGGCAUGUUGCUUUAAAAACAGUAUUUAUAAGCUUGAUUAUUUGUUCUAAAAUGCUGAGAAAAUAUUAUUGUCUUUGUACUUUUGCCUGAAUAUUUUUCAACCAUGUUUUACCUGCCCUUGAAACAAUAACUAUGAUGGAGAACAUUUUAUAGAAUUGAAAUAAAGUGAACCAAACUACUAA